AUGGCCGGCGGCGGCGGUCAGCACCGCGGACAGCUCCGCUGCGGGCGCGGCGGCGGCGGCGGCGCCCCGAGCGGCGCCCGCCGAUACCGGGGACGGCGGAGGGGGGGGCCCGUAAUGCUCCGAGCGCGGCGCACGCCAAUCCAAGCACCGGGGGGGCUCUCCCCGCCUCCCUCGCAGCCCCCCCUCGCCGGACAGGGCGGGGGGCCGGCCGUGAUGCUGGAAGGGGGGCGCUCGCUAAUUCCAGGGAUGGAGGGGGGGCUGCCCCCACCCACCCCCGGCCGUAACUCUCCGAGCGAGGCGCCCUCCAAUCCCGCAGGAACUUGGGCAAGGCUCCACCACCCGCUCGGCUCGGCUGGACUCUGCCCCGUUCCUCCCCUUGGCCGGCUCCCAGCAGCCACAGAGACAGCAGCAGGGACGAGGACGGACACAGAGACAGCAGAAGGGAGGAGGACGGACACAGAGACAGCAGAAGGGAGGAGGACGGACAUGACUGCGCCAAGCCAGCCCCAGAAAUCCGCCUACGAUGUCAUUGUCAUCGGGGCCGGCAUCCAGGGCUCUUUCACCGCCUCCCACCUGGCCCAGCGCCACCAGGACACUCUGCUGCUGGAGCAGUUCCUCGUGCCCCACUCUCGGGGCAGCUCUCACGGGCAGAGCCGCAUCAUCCGCAGCGCCUACCCCCAGGAGUUCUAUUCCCGCAUGAUGCCCGAGUGCUUCCGCCUCUGGCAGCAGCUGGAGGCCGAGACCGGCACCACCCUCUACAGGCAGACGGGGCUGGUGCUGCUGGGGCCGCCGGGAGAGCCGGAGCUGGAGGCCUGCAGGAGGAACCUGGGUGUUGAGGAGGUGCUCGACGCCGCGGCGCUGUCCCGGCGCUUCCCCGGCUUCCAGAUGCAGGCUGGGCAGGUGGCCGUGCUGGACAGCACCGCCGGGGUGCUCUUCGCCGACCGGGCACUGCGGGCAGUGCAGGAGGUUUUCCGCCGACACGGGGGCACCCUGCGGGACGGGGAGAAGGUGCUGAGCAUCCAGCCUGGGGCCACGGUCACCGUCACCACCACUGCUGGGGUGUACAAAGCCCCCCGGCUCAUCAUCACGGCUGGAGCCUGGACUGGUGCCUUCGUGGAACAGCUGGGUCUCCGCCUGCCACUGCAGCCCCUGCGCAUCAAUGUCUGCUACUGGAGGGAGAAGCAGCCUGGGAGUGCUGGCCUGGGCAGUGUCAGCCCCUGCUUCUUGACCCUGGGGCUGAGCCAAGCCCCCCACGGCAUCUACGGGCUGCCCUCCAUUGAGUACCCAGGAAUGAUGAAGGUGUGCCACCACCAUGGCAGCCCCACCGACCCAGACAAGCGGGAUCAGGCCCCCCGCUCUGACCUCGCUCUUCUGAGCAGCUUCAUCAGCAGCCACCUGCCCGGGCUGGAGAGCCAGCCUGCAGUGAUGGAGGCCUGCCUCUACACGAACACUCCAGAUGAAGAUUUCAUCCUGGACCGGCACCCCAAGUUCAGCAACAUCGUCAUUGGUGCUGGCUUCUCAGGCCAUGGGUUCAAGCUGGCGCCAGUGGUGGGGAAGUUGCUGUGUGAGCUGAGCCUGGGCGAGGAGCCAUCCUACAACAUGGCCCAUUUUGCCAUCACUCGUUUCCCUGGUGUGCUCGGGGCUGCACAGUAGGUGUGGGGUCCCAGAAGUGCCCCCAUGGCAUCACACUGGCCUGCAGCUGUGUCCCUGCAUCCUGGUGUCCUCACACCCAGUACACCUCCAUGUAUCUCCAUCUCCCUGCACCCUGGAGACUCCCAACAUGCUGCAUUCCUCCAACCCCACACCCCAGACACCCUGCAUCGCCAUGUCCCCAUAUUCCACCACCCAGCACCUCUCAUCCUUUCUUCCCCACAUCCCUGCACCCUGGUGCCCUGCCUGCCCACCUGGCAGCAUCCAGCAUCCCCCAUGCCAGGCGGUGCCAAGCCAUCUCUACCAAGCACCCACUCCUGGGGAACAAAUUAAGAAGCUUUGUCAGCCUCAUGAAGAUGGAGCAGGAGCAGCGCGGAGAGACACACUCGCUUAGGAGUCAAGUUAAAUGUUUUAAUGUUAAAUGUGCCAUUUUAUUAUCAUUAGAUCGCUCCCACUUAAUGAAA